AGCAGAGCCCAUGAACCCUUUUGGAGUUCUCUUGUGGACCCCAGUUUGAGAAAUGCUGUCAUAAGUAAUCUUAUUUGUCGGGUUUGAGUUUUAAUUAUUUUUCAUGAUCUUUCUAUCUGAAGUAGUCCUAAAACCGUGAAGUUGCAAUUGAAAUGUAAUCACCUCUUCCUGGUGAAUUAUUCAGAUUGUGACCUCUGGGCAUUCAGUUCUUUUGAACUCUUUUAUAGAAGAUGAAUAUUUCUGUAGGACAGGCAAAUUGGGAUGAAAGGAAAGUAUUUUUAAUUCAGAUUUCCUUAUUCAUUGCUUUACUUUGUGGUGUAUAUGAAAGAUAAAACCCUGUUUGUCAAGAAGUAGCUAAAUCGCUCAAAAGGUUUAAAUUGGUUCAGCUAGAUCAGGAUCUUUGUGAUGUUGUUUGACAGAAUGUGAACAGUGUAAUGUGUUACUACAGGAAUGUAUCCAGUAGACCAGUCAGAAUAUAACAACCUGAAAAGUGCUAUAGAAAAACUGACACUAAAUGAUUCCAGUGUAACUAUUCAUCGGGAUAGCAGCCUUGCUUUAGGAGCUGGAUGGAGAUUGGGGUUUCUUGGUCUUCUACAUUUGGAAGUUUUUAAUCAGCGAUUGGAGCAAGAAUACAAUGCAUCUGUCAUUUUGACUGCACCUACAGUUCCAUAUAAGGCUGUUCUUUCCUCACCAAAACUGAUAAAGGUAUUUUAAUUGAUUUAAUGGAGCUUG